AGAAGGAUAAGGGGUUCCUUUUGGAGCAGAUUCAUCAGUAUGAAUAGUUGGAGCCCACCCAGGCUCUCAGACCUUGCAAAUCAGAGCCUGAUGUGGCAUGAGGCCUCGGCUAUCGCCUCUUUGGAAUUGCUGCCCAUGGAGCUCUUCCCGCUGUUCGUGGCAGCCGUUGCCGGGAGACACAGCGAGACACUGAAGGCAAUGGUGCAGGCCUGGCCCUUUACCCGCCUCUGUCUGGGGGCUCUGAUGAAGUCUCAACAGCCUCACCAGGGCAUCUUAAAGGCUGUGCUGGACGGGCUUGAUGUCCUGCUUGCCCAGAAGAUUCGUCCCAGGAGAUGGAAACUGAAAGUGUUGGAUUUACGGGAGAACACUUGUACCAACUUCUGGAGCGUAUGGUCUGGAACCCGGUCCAGGGCCUCUCUGUGCUCACUAGAGGAGCCAGAGGCCGCCCAGCCCAGGACUAAGAGGGGAAAAGUGGACAGUUUAAGGACUGGGGAGAGGCAGCCCUUGACCCCGCUGGAGGUGCUCAUAGACCUGUGCUUUUUGGAAGGUGGCCUGGAUGAAUUCCUCACCUUCCUCAUUAACAGGGUCAAGCAGAGAAAAGGUCUUCUACACUUGUUUAGUAGGAAGGUGAUGAUCAGUGCAAUGCCACUCCAAAAUAUUGAGAAGAUCCUGAAAAUGGUGCAGCUGGACUGUGUUGAGGAGGUGGUAAUUAGGAGCUAGAAACUGUCCACCCUCACCAGGUUUGCUCCUCACCUGGGACAGAUGGUUACCCUGAGCAGACUUGUCUCUUACAUCUACCUGACUUCCUGCAUUUCCCCUGCGCUGGAGGAGAAGCGAGUUGCCCAAUUAACAUCUCAGUUCCUCAGUCUGCACCAGCUCCAGGAGCUCUACCUGGACUCUGUCCUCUUCCUAAAAGGCUGCCUGGACCAGGUACUCAGGCAAGGGAUGACCCCCUCGAAGACCCCCUCAAUAACUAAUUGCUUGCUUUCGGAGUCCGACUUAACACAUCUUUCCUUGUGCCUGAGCACCAGCCACCUAAGGGACCUGAGUUUGAGUGGUGUCAUCCUGACCAGCUUAAGUCCUGAGUUCAUCCAAGUUCUACUAAAGAGAGCCUCAACUACCCUCCAGCACCUGGACUUUGAGGGGUGUGGGAUUUUGGACUCCCAGGUCACCGCCAUCCUGCCUGCCCUGGGCCGCUGCUCCCAGCUCAUCACCUUCAGCUUCUGUGGAAACCCAGUCUCCAUGGCUGUCCUGGAGAGCCUGCUGAGGCACGCCAUCCCACUGAUCAAGUUCAGAUUCGGGCUGUUUCCUACCCCUCUGGAGUGUUCCAUGGGCAUCCAAGGUACUCUCCACCUGGGCACUCUUCGAGAAUAUCUGGCCAAACUGAGGCUGAUUCAACAGGAGUUAGGAAGGUCCAGCAGGGUCUUGUUCAAUUCCAGUGCCUGUCCUGACUCUGGCACCAGAAUAUUCUAUGGCCUAGAGCCCAUCCUAUGCCCCUGCCACAUGCCUGCCUAG